AUGCCCUGCAUCCUCGAGUCUCAAAUCGACUCCCUCCACAGUGAGAUCAGCGGCCUCCGCGCACUGAAAAAGCACAUCGAGACCUCGCACAAGCCGUUCGACAAAUAUCUACUCCACAAGCCCGGGUGCAAGGCUCAGGCAGGGAAGAUUGUGAUUGAGCGGGAGCGCUGGGAGGAGCUCAUGCUGGAGAAGAAGGAGGUGGAGGAGAGGUUGGAGGAGAUCGAGCGGUUGAUUGAGGAUGCGGAGCUGGAGUUGAGGGAGUUACAGAUGAUCGAGAGGGAGGAGGUGCAGGCGAGUUUUGGGUAG